AUGGCAGGGGUAUUCGAGGAAAAGAGCUCUAAGACAGGGAGUCAGUACGUCGUGCACAAUUUUCACGAUGUGGAAGAUCAACCCUUCACCCCACAAGGUCCUUUGAGCGCUGCCAUCCCCGACGACGGGCAGAUCGUUACCCAGAAUGAACGCCAAAGCUUGAUCCGGGGUCUGGGGCAGCGCCAUAUUCAGAUGAUUGCCAUUGCGGGCGCAAUUGGUACGGGUCUCUUUCUCGGUCUGGGUGGCUCGAUCGCCACCGGUGGUCCUCUGGGUGCCCUUUUAGGCUACAUGUUCAUCGGCCUGAUAGUCUGCUGCAUCCAAUUUGCGCUGGGAGAAGUCUCAGCGCUGCUACCAGUCACCGGUUCUUUUGUGCGACAUGCAGAGAUUUUGGUCGAUCCCGCGCUCGCAUUUGCGAUCGGCUGGAAUGUCGUUUAUGGAUGCUUUCUCAGCGUUCCCAGUGAGAUCUCCGCCAGCGUGGUUCUUAUUCAGUACUGGACGGAUAUCAACGCCGCCGUCUGGGUGACUAUCCUCAUAGUGGUGUCGGUGGUGGUUGCCGUCUCGUUUAUUGGCGUCUACGGCGAGAUUGAAUUUAUCUUCGCCAUUCUGAAGAUCCUGCUGGUUGUCUUCGUGGUCAUUCUCGGUCUUGUUAUCGAUCUCGGCGGUGCGCCGGGUGUGCCCCGACGCGGCUUCCACUACUGGAAAGACCCCGGCCCAUUCGUUGAGUACAUUGCCACCGGGUCUUGGGGACAAUUUCUCGGGUUCUGGGCUGUCAUGACUAAUGCAGUCUACUCGUUCGCUGGCGUGGAAUCAUUAGCCAUGGCCGCCGCCGAAACGCAAAACCCACGACAGAAUAUCCCCAAGGCCUGCAAAAGGGUGUUCGCACGAGUCUCUAUCUUCUACCUUGCCACCGUCUUGAUCGUGGGCAUGUUAGUCUCUAGCGCCGACGACCGUAUUAGCGCAGACUCCGGCACGGCGGCCACGAGUCCGUUCGUCAUUGCCGCCAGCGACGCAGGUAUCAGGGCUAUUCCCUCCGUUGUGAACGCAGUAUGCUUGAGCUCUGCGUGGUCUGCAUCGAACCAGAGUAUUCUGGCCGGAACAAGAACUCUAUAUGGUCUAGCGCUCAAGGGCCAUGCUCCGAAGAUAUUCCUGCGCACCUCCAAGUGGGGAGUGCCGUACAUGUGUGUGCUGCUGCAGAUGGCAUUCUCUCUACUGGCUUACAUGUGUGUUUCCAACGACGCAAUGAACGUCUUCUGGUGGUUCGUUGAUUUGACUGCGGCUGGUACCUUGGUCUCGUGGAUUGCUAUCGCUUUCAACCAUAUUCGUCUGAUGCAAGCAAUGGAUAAACAGGGCAUAUCGCCAACAGAGUUGCCGUGGCAUAACCGAAUUACCAGAUACACAAGCUGGUUUGCGCUGGUCGCAUGUGUCAUAAUUCUCUUCACUGGAGGAUUCACAGUCUUCACAACAGGAAACUGGGAUACCGCCUCGUUCAUCUCGUCGUAUCUGGACAUUCCACUCGUCCUCUUUGCGUACGGGGCUUAUAAGUUGAUCCGCCGCACAAAUAUCAUUCCUCUAAGGACGAUACCGGUUCAACAAGCGAUAGACGAGGCCAACAACGACCCGGACAACUUGCCGAUCAAGAAAGACAGCAUACUGGCAAAGAUGAAUAUUUUCUGGGGCUGA